GCUCCGUCCCCCGGCUGGUUCAGCUGCGGGGCGGCGGGUGGCGGGCUGGUGCUGCUGGGCGGGCGGCAGGCGGUGUCGGUGCUGUGGGCGUGCGGCAGCUACGCUGAGUGGCUGGCUGCCAAUGGCGCACACCCGCACCAGCACCUGCAGCACCAGCAGCAUCUGCAGCACCGGCGGCCGAUGUGGCAGGCUGGCGGUGGCAGCAGUAGCGGCGGCGGAGGGGUCCCCCCGCGGGCGGAUGUCGCCCCCCUGGCGGCCGCCGCGCUGCGCCAGCUGGCCCGGGGGCUCAGCGCCCCCAGCGGGCAGCAACCACCACAGCAGCAGCAGCAGCAGCAGCAGGAGCCCCAGCAGCAGCCAGCCCCCCUCAGCCUGGAUGAUUUGAUGGCGGCUCUGCGGGGGGUGGCUGCUGCUGCUGGGGGACAGGCGGAGGAGGAGCAGGUCCACACCCUGCUCUCCAGCCUGGCCGCCCACCCCGCCCUGUGCCUGCAGCACCUCUCAGCCGCCCUGCCCCUGGCAGCCGCCUGCUGCACACCAACACACCAGCAGCAGCAGCACAACCACCCCCACCACACGUCCUCAGCGCGGCCCCCACUGUGGUCACCCGCCGGGGGGGCGACCCAUCCGCACCUCCAGUCGCAGUCUCAGCCGCAGCCAACACCUCCACCGUCUCCGCCUCUGCGGCAGCAGCCACAGCAGCAGCAGCAGCGGCCCUCUGACAGGCUGCUGUCGCCUCUAUCAAAGCAGCCUGCGAGCAGCCGCAACAGCAGCAGCAGUAGCCGCCCUCCCUCUCUCCUUCCCUCCUCUCCUCCCCCUCUUUCCCUUCCCCCGCCGGCCCUGCUGCUCCCGCUGGAGGCUGGUGUGCUGCGGCUGCUGGGCGGGUGCGGCCAGCAGCAGGCGGA